UUUGAACUCAAAUAUUUAAGGAAUCCUUUGGAUGGACUGUCAGUCAGCGGGCAAGUAGAACUACUGUUGCCACUCAGAAGCACAGGAGCCAUGCCAUUGCAUCGUGUGUGUGGACUAUUUGUAGUCCUCAGUGCAUGUCUGAUUUCCUUCACACCACCUUGUGAUGGAGGGAACAUUCUAGUGUUCCCUCUAGAUGGCAGCCACUGGAUCAAUAUGAAAAUCCUGCUAGAAGAACUUCAUGCCAAAGGACACAACCUCACUGUGAUCAGAGCGGCCGCCAGCUGGUACAUUGAAGAAAAGUCUCCUCUCUACACAUCCAUUACAGUUGACAUGGGUGAAGGUGUAGAGAACUUUUUUGAUGUGUACGUAGAGGAGCAUUUAAGGAUGCUGAGAGAGGGGGCUUCACUAUGGACUUUCCUCAAACUCACCAAGAAUUUCCUUUUUGUUUUUUCUCAGGCCCAUUUAACGUUGUCUGAAGCCCUCAGUAGAAUCUUUGAUGAUGAAAGUAUGGUCAAAAGCUUGAGGGAUUCCCAAUAUGAUCUUGUUCUCACUGACCCAGCCUUUGCCCAAGGGGUUGUAUUGGCCAAAUAUCUCAAACUACCCUUGGUGCUCAAUGUUCGCUGGAUCACGAGUGGAGAAGGCCACUUUGUAAUCGCCCCCUCACCACUGUCUUAUAUCCCAGUGCCAAGAUCGGGCUUGACCGACAAAAUGAAUUUCAUGCAGAGGAUCAAGAACCUGUUUUUCUACAGCAUUAUACUCUUCCAGCAGAAAUUCUUGGUGGGACCAAGCUAUGAUGCUCUCUGUGAUAAAUAUAUCGAGGGUGGAUGUGACGUCAUCUCGCUUCUUCAAGAAGCAGACAUUUGGCUGUUCAGGUCAGAUUUUGUGUUUGACUUCCCUCGGCCCACAAUGCCAAAUGUUGUCUACAUAGGAGGGUUCCAGUGCAAACCUGCCCAGCCUCUGCCAGCUGACCUGGAGAGGUUUGUUCAGAGUGCUGGGGAGCAUGGAGUGAUCAUCAUGACUCUGGGAACUUGGAUUAAGGUUUUAACCAAAGAGGUUACAGAUGAAAUUGCCAGUGCCUUUGCCAAGAUGCCUCAGAAGGUGAUAUGGAAGCACAAAGGAGAGCGUCCCUCCACUUUGGGCAACAACACUCUGAUAGUGGACUGGAUGCCACAGAAGGACCUCCUGGGACACCCACAGACCAAAGUCUUUGUAGCUCAUGGAGGAACCAAUGGAGUCCAGGAGGCCAUUUACCAUGGGGUCCCUGUGCUUGGCAUACCCUUGUUAUUUGACCAGUAUGACAACCUUCUACGUUUACAGGAAAGAGGAGCUGGAAAGAUAAUUCAGUUAAGUGAUGUUAACAGCCACAGCUUUGAACAAGCUCUUAGGGAAGUGCUCCAUCAAGAUAGCUACAGACAGAACAUGCAAAGACUUUCACGUUUGCACAGAGAUCAGCCAAUAUCACCCAUGGAUCAAGCCAUCUUCUGGGUGGAAUAUGUCAUGCGCCAUGAAGGGGCUCCACACCUGCGUACAGAGGCUAAUAAGAUGCCCUGGUACUCAUACUACUGUUUAGAUGUAAUGCUACUGUUGCUGGCUGCAGCAACUGUACUGUUGCUCUCUGUUUUGGCCAUUUUCAGGUGUAUAUGCUGCAGAAGUAGAAGAAAGACCAAAGCCAAACAGCACUGACUGAGCUCAGAUUUGAUUAGAAACAUGCUAAGAUGAAUUCUCUAUAACGUAUUUAGAGAAAAACAUGCACCUUAAGGUAUCUUAUUUGAACCUCUUUAUUAUUUAUGAACAAAAAUGAUAAUCCCUCAAUCGAUUUAGCUGUAUAAAACUAUGGUUAUAGUUAUAUAUAUUAUAGUUAAAAUAAUACAGCCUCUUUCCAGUUUUAAAAUCAGUUGUCAAAUGUAUCUUGACAGAUUAAGAUUUUGGUAAUAAAAUACCCCCAAAUCACUGGUGAGAGUCAACAUUAUUUUUGUAAUUUCACAUUCACCGUAAUAUUAAAAGGUUUGGAACCAAAUCACCAAUCACUGUCUCGAUGCCCUGACAUUGAUCAUUUUCAUGAUCUAAAUUUGAUGCCAUGCAUUUCCAGUGAGAAAACAAAAAAAUAUAGUCCACAUAAUCGAUAAAUUUUAUGAAUUGUCUAAAACAUUUUUUCCCAAUUUCAUUUUUGAUUACAGCAAAGAUCAAUACAUUUUUAUUUUAAAGAAACUGUCUCUCUGUUAUCGCUCUUAAAAGAGCAAAUGCACAAAAUUCUUUGUUGAAUAUUAACGUCUUUCCCUAACUGUCUCUGGACUCGGUCACUGGCUUCACUGGCCUCCCAUCACACACUGCAACAACUACAAAAUACUUCUCCUCACUUUUAAAGCCAUCCACAACCUCACCUCUCCAUAUCUCUCUGAUCUCCUCCAUGCUGUCACACCUCCAUUCUCCAUCCAUCUUGCUGUCCCCCCUGCCCGCCUUGUUACCAUGGGGAGCAGAGCAUUCAGUCGCUCUGCCCCCCAGCUCUGGAACUCUCUCCCACCCGACCUCCAUAAUGCUGACUCACUCCCACAUUUCAUAUCUAAACUCAAACCCCAUCUGUUCAGAUUAGCUUACUCCCUCUGACCACAACUGCGUUGUCUAUUGUCUGUAUUACCUUUUAUUGUUGUUUUAUUGUGUCUGUUUUUAUAAUGUAAGGUGACCUUGAGUGUCAAGAAAGGCGCCUAUAAAUAAAUAAUUUGUGAU